GGUUCAAGUGUUUUUACUGUAUUAAAAUCCCGCCCCGGUAGCAAAAGGCAACGUCAUAGUUUUAUUUGAUUGAGACCAAUGCGAGACUCUUCAGACUUCAGUACUUAAAAGCAAAUUUGACAUCCCGCGUGUCAAAAACGACUGUUUUUCCGCCCAUUCGUAUUUAUCUUAUUAUCACUUGCUUGACUUCUGUCUGCCCUUUGUCACUUUAACCGUGUCUUUAAUGGUUCGCGACGCGCUACCUUCAUUCCAAUGUCGAUAUCAACAAUAAUUUCAACGCCGGCUUUGCCAGAUGAACGCGAAAAGUUAAAUCUUCCACCCAAAAGCUAUGCUGAUGCUGCCGAGGAAACACCGGAGCCUCCAAAUGAUAGAAGUGGUGAAAAUAAAGAAAACGGGGUGAAUUGGCAAGCCGUGACGAUCCCGAAUGGUUCGGACGAAACCGGCCGCAGGCAUAAAGCGUCGGUUUUAAGAAUCGUGGAUGUGAAUGGUACCACGGAUUCUGCAAAAUCGACAGACAACAAGGAGACUAGGCCAAAGGUCGAUAGGCAGGAGUCUAAAAGAGAGUACUCGGCUACGGUUUGUGCUGGAAGGAGCAUUCAAUGUUUGAUCUAAAGGCUAACUAACAUUCCAGGGCCUCGACGAUACUCCAAAAAGCCCUCCUCGACACAGACAACGAAAGUCUUCUUCGCAGAAAUCAAAUGGGACGAAUGAGAAUGGUCGCAGCUCGCAUAGGAAUACAAUGCCUGACACUCAGGAUGGUAACGAGAACACUACCGUCUUUGAGAAGAUCCGUGGUGAGCGAAACGGUAGUAAGCUCAUCAGUGUGAAGCCAUCAGAGGAUUACGAGAAACAACUUGGAAAGAACCACGAUGAUAUUCCGAAGCGUAAAGACGAAAAAUUGGUCAGUGGGAGGCAAGCUGGACAACGAUGGCACACAAGUGGUAUUCGGUGGGCGCCCAUGAAUGUUCCACUUCAACGCAGGCUUCAAACCUUGGUAGUGCUGUUUCAUACACUUUGCAUCGCUAUUUGUGUAUCAACGUUCUUCUUUCUAUGCGCGAUACCCCUCUUCUGGCCAAUAUUGAUUCCGUAUAUGAUUUACCUCAUGACAUCCAAGGCUUCGAUAUCGGGGACUUUGAGUCAUCGUUCGAACUUCUUCCGAUCGCUACCCGUUUGGUCAUUAUUUGCAUCCUACUUUCCAGCUAGGUUGCACAGAACUCAAGAGCUACCGCCUACAAGGAAGUACAUAUUCGGAUAUCAUCCCCACGGUAUCAUUUCUCAUGGGGCAUUUGCGGCCUUUGCGACUGAGGCCCUUGGAUUUUCUCAGCUAUUCCCAGGUAUCAAAAAUACGCUUCUCACAUUAGAUACAAAUUUCAGAAUACCACUGUACCGUGAAUAUGCUUUAGCAAUGGGUCUAGCAUCUGUAUCGAAAGAAUCUUGCGAGAAUCUACUUUCCAAGGGCGGGCCAAACAAGGUAUGUUCAAACAAUCAAAAUUGUAACCGGAUUCUGACUAUUAUGACCAGGAGGGUAUGGGCCGCGCAAUUACUAUUGUCGUAGGAGGCGCAGCCGAAUCACUGGAUGCACAGCCAUACAGCCUCAGAUUAGUCCUUAAGCGUCGCAAGGGCUUCGUCAAGAUGGCUAUCCGAACUGGUGCAGACUUAGUCCCUGUUCUGGCAUUUGGCGAGAAUGACCUUUAUGAUCAAUUCUCAGCUGAUUCACACCCAAGAAUUCACAAAUUCCAAUUGCUCGUCAAGAAGUUAAUGGGCUUCACCAUACCGCUCUUUCAUGCUAGAGGUGUUUUCAAUUACGAUGUCGGCCUUAUGCCAUACCGAAGGCCAUUAAAUAUCGUCGUCGGGCGGCCAAUCAAGGUAGUUCAAUGCAAAAUCCCGGAGCAAAAGGACAUCGACCGUGUUCAUGAGGAAUAUGUGGCGGAGCUUGAGAGGUUGUGGGACCUGUGGAAGGAUGAUUUUGCGCCGAAUAGAAAGACUGAGCUCCAACUAAUCGAAUGAAGCUUUGGUAUUUGGUGGGGCUUUUUUAAGACAUGGGGAUUUUAUAUGCGGAUUGGCGCAAGAGCGUGGUUUUUGUGUAAAUAUUUGUAGUUCGACUUGCACUGUUGUUAAUCAACUGGGACAUUCCAGGUGCUGUUUUGAGAGUGUAUUCAUGUCCGAAUGUAUUUCAGAAUGUGAACAAAUUGUUUGGAACACUCAAAGGGU